AUGGAACGAAGAGACGCUACAAGGCGACGGCAAUUAUUGCAACUAGAUCAGCCAAUUUCUUUCAUUCGAGCAAAAAAUAAAGCUGCUGAUGAAGCAAGAAAACAAGAAGAAUCAAAAAACGUAUUACAGGGACUUCUUGGCGAUUAUAGCGAUAGUGAGGAAGAUAAUGAGGAGCAAGUUUCAAAUUCACAGCUUGAGGAACCAAACGAAGCAAAUCCUCAAACCGUUUCUGUUCUAGCUAAGGACAGUCCGAAGCCAUCUCCUCCUCCUUUGCCCUCAAUACCGUCAGCUCAUUCCUAUCCUGAUCCGGAAAAAUCUUCAGUAAUUAUCGAUCAAUCAGAAGAUAGCAUUGAAGAAGCUUUGAAAAGUUUCAUGUCAGAAAUCAAUGCCUUGCCUGUUACAUCAAUUAAUAGCGAUCUUCUAGUUCCGAUUGAUGAAUUCAAAGAUAAUGAAAAAGAAUCAACAUCGACACAAAUAUCCAAUUUAGAUUUUGAUUGGGAAAAAUAUUGGCAUAACGAAAACAAAUGUCAUUAUUAUUAUAAUAAAAAGACAGGAGAAACACGAUGGGAGCACGAAAUACAACAUAUAAGCUCAGACGGUUCUUUGGCAUUAAGUACUUCCAAAGAAAUGAAUAAUUUGAAUUUAUAUUCGAAAGAACCUAACAAUACUGAUAUCGAAAUGGAUUCUCAAACAACAACUCUCAAGGAUAAUUCUACUCAAAAUAUUUCUCUUAGAGUUCCCCCAUCAGAUUCACCAUUGCAUGGUCGCUCACAUGAUGCAUAUAGUAGACUUUCAAACCUUGCACCUAUUGUAACUCAUUUGAAGCUUGAAAGGCAUCAAAUAGAAUUUGCCACUAGAAUGCAUGAUUGGCAAAUCGGAGCUUUGAAUUCUCAAUAUUUUGAAAAGGUUAUUCUUGAAGGAUUAGAAAGGUUAUUACAAGGAGUCGAAGAACAAGUUUCACCUAUUGGAUGGGUUUGUAAAUGGAAACCCGAAACGCAAACUUACAAUUGGAUACAUUUACAGACGAAUCAAGUUUCAUCGACUUAUCCGAGUCAAAUAGUCAUCAAUUCUUCUAGCGCUUAUGUCGCGUCACAAUCAUCUAAUACACAUUAUCUUCCCGCUUUAUCCGUAGAUGUUAACAAAAAAUCUGAAUAUUCUGAAGAUGUCAGUCAUCAGGGAGUACAACUCGCAACCGAAAAGAAACGUAAAAAGGAAAAAGAGCCUUUGAUAUCUGGAUUCAAGAAUAAAAAAAUGGCGACGCUUGUUGAAAAGUGGAAAGCAGCCGAAGAUUUUCUUUCUAAUACUGAUUGGGAUGAAGUAAGAAAACAUCAACAUGGAAUUGGUUCUUCAGAUCCUGAAUCUUGGAUUAAAGAACAAAUAGAAUCAGGAGAAGCAGCAAAUAAUCCUAAUUUAGAGCCGAUUAAGGGAGAUUGGCGUCAAAGAGUUAGAAAUAAAAAAAUCUGA